GCUGGGUAGACCAAGUCAGCCGGUGUAUCGACGUUAAAAAACACUCGAAUACCGGCUUAAACAAUUUCCCAUUUUUCCCCGCAGAAGAAAACCGUCGAAAACCGAGUUUUUCCCGUUAGUUUUCGCGAAAUUUUCGCCGCAAAUUUCGAGAAAACCCUUUCGUAGUGUCCUGGACGAACAUUCCAACGGCUCCGAUCCUCUGGGAAAAAGUUUUCUUUGUUCUUUGGACUCUUUUCGCCGGACCCAACGGGAUCUUUUAUGUAUAAGUUCAGCAUCCAUAAAAAAUACCAUCCAGUAUUAAACCAACCAACAAGUAUUAGAGCAUAAAUCAAAUCAACUAAGUAUUAACCUUCAACCAAAGACUUUGCAUCUCUCUUCAACCAAAAAGUACAAAAACCAUGUUUGUCCAAACCACCACCAACAUACAAAAACGUUCCAGUGACGUCACUGGCAACAACCCAACCAGCGACGAUCUGAUGUUCAAUUUAGAAGACAUUUCUUACACUUCGAAACCUACCGAAGACCAAGAACUGGCCUUGGACAUAGCUUCAAAACUUGUAGAGAGUCUUCUGGACCCAACCAACAUUAUACAGCAAGAACUGCCUUGCGCUUGCAAACGAGACGUUUUGGACCAUUUCGAGGAGGUGACUCUGAGGCUGGAUUUCGAGGACCACCGGAAGCAGAUGGAGAAACGCGAAAAACGACCGAGAUGUAAUACGGGAGACAAGACCGCUUCGAGAAGUCCCAAAAACGAUAAAGAUAAGGCUGUUUCUGAUAUGUUGGCCCUUCAUUUGCCGAUUAUUUUGAGGCUUUGCUUGGCAUGCCCUUUUGGUAAAGUCAGAGAGAAAUGUAGAGGGAUUUUGAAAGCUGUUGGGGAAAAAGGUCUUCCUGCACCAUUGGCUUUAAUCUUUGGACCAAGCGAUUUUAUACCUUCUAGUGAGCUACCGUUUAUGGGAACAUGCAACGAAAAGACUCACACCCUCUUUGUGGACGCCUUUCUCCAGAACAACCGGCUGGACCAUGUCUCUCAGGUCAUGGGCUACCAUCCCUCCUAUCUGGAGAAGUUUCUCCAAACUCAAAAUUUCAUUCUUAGAGGCGACGGGCCCUUACCUUUCGACUAUCGACACUUCAUUGCCAUCAUGGCGGCAGGACGUCACCAAUGCAGCUAUCUGAUAGCCCUACAAAAGCAAGAGUUCCUUCUUCAAGGAGGCGACCAAAACUGGCUUAGAGGCCUCAAAUGUAUCCCUCAAAAAUUGAGAAACUUGUAUGAUAUUAAUAAAAUCUUGGCGCAUAGGCCUUGGUUGUUAAAGACUUCUCAUAUUGAGAAACUAACCAAAUGUGGAAAAGACUCCUGGUCGCUGGCCGAAGUAGUGCACGCCAUAGUGAUACUGACUCAUUUCCAUUCGUUGUGCUCUUUCGUCUUUUCCUGCGGCGUCAAUCAGGAACUGGAUCAGGCCGGAGGGUACGAGUAUCCUGGCGGACAAAGUUCUUCGAGUGGAGGCGCAUCGGCAGCAAGCAGUAAAGCUGGAAGCAAGAGCAAGCAGGAGGAAGCAGUAGUGGAUGGCAGACACGAAAAUUGGUCGGAUCCCGUCGGUCCUUGUCCACCUUCGCCUACCGAACCCGAAGUGGGCAUCACCACCCUCAUGCAGCGCAUGAAGACACUCUCAGAACAAACGGAAGAGUGCACUCCUGUCGAAUUAGCGAAACGUUUUGAAAACAUUGAGGUUCAAUCCGCUGAGCUUGGCGUUGUGGGACCGGAACCGCAAGAAACUCCGGCCGAUAUCAGCUACUUUGUGGACGAUCCCAGUUUUCAAUAUCAGGAUUUCGCCAAGAGGGCCGAGAGCGAUAUUCACACGUUUAGAGUUCAAGAUUAUUCUUGGGACGAUCAUGGAUAUUCUACGGUUAACAGACUGUUCAACGACGUAGGCACCCUGCUAGACUCCAAAUUUCGUACCGCCUACAAUCUAACCUAUUACACAAUGGGUGGUAGAACGGACGUGGACACUUCCAGAUUCCGUAGGGCAAUUUGGAACUACAUCCAGGCCCUUUUGGGAAUCAGACACGACGACUACGACUACGGAGAGAUCAACGCCCUGGUAGAAAAGUCUCUGAAGAGUUUCAUGAAAACCGCUUGCUGUUAUCCGGAGAGGGUGACCAAGAAAGUCUACGACAGAGUGAUGAGGGAGUUCAAGCACAGCGAAAAGGUCCACGUAAAUUUGAUGGUACUGGAAUCGCGUAUGCAAGCCGAACUGAUUUAUGCGCUGCGUACCGUGAACCGUUACAUGACAAUGUAAUUAUUUUUUUUUUUGUAUUGCAAACCCGUUGAGUACUAUUUACUAUUAAUGUUUUUUAUUAUUAAUAAUUGUGUCUACUUGGGAAACAAUCUCAAAAAUAUUUGCUUAUAUGGAUUUUAUGGGGAAAUGGGCGAUUUUUUUGAAAUCAUUUAGAGCAAGAACUAUUUUGAUGAAACGGUAUAACUUGUGAGAUUAGAUGUUCUGAAUUGAAUCGUCUAAAAAUCAUAAAUUCCAUUAACAUAUCUUUCAUAUGCUCGAAAAAAGCGAUCAUACGUUUUCUAUUAUCAAAUAUUUUCGAGAUGAGAUUUUUUUUUGUUACUUAUAGGUAGGUAGUUUUUUUUUUAUUUGCAAAAUAAAAUGUUAUUAUAUACAUAUUAUAUAUGACCACACUGUAUAUAAUUUAACAAAACAAAUUGAAAAAUCUAUAUAUUGUGUAAUAAUAAUAAUUGAAAAUUGGCGAUUUUGACAAUGAUAUUUCAAUUUAAAGGCAACUAAAAUUUUGGACAAUAAUUAACUUUAUUAAAGGCUGGAUCAAAAUAACCCACAUACAUUUUUCAGCCAAUUAUCAACAUUGAUAUACUGUAAGACCAUUUGAAAAUAAAUAAGAAACAAAAUUAGACAUUAACCACUCAUGGAGAAAAGAAGGAAUUAUCAUUGUCAAUACACGCCAAAAUUAUUAUAUUAGUGUAAAUAUAAUUUAAAAAUACCCUAUCAGGGCCGCACUUCGUUUUUCGUGCCCACAAAUAUUUAUAAGACAAAAGUGUGCGCAUUUUGAAGGUGGCCCCCUCGGUACACAAUAAUUAUUAAAAACACUUUGUAUAUAAAAUUAAUUGUCUUUAUCAAUUAUAUUAUUAAUCUUUUUUUUUUAUGGUUAAUUAAGUUCUGGAACAUGCCGAAAACUAAUUAUUGUAAUAUUGAUCUGGAAAAGGAAAAUUUAAUUGUAUAAUUAUUAUAUGAAAAAAAAGUACACAAGAACAAGAAGGCUGAAACUAUAGGAGAAAAAAUAUAUAUAAUGUGUGCAGGGUGUCAAAAAAAAAAUUACGUUUUCGAUACUCUGUAUGACCAAACGCCAUUUUUCUUUUUAAAUGUAAGUUUAUGGAAAAAAAGUACAAAAUUUCUCUUUUAAAUAAGAAUAUUUCAACAUAUUGGCAAAACUCGUUGUAGGUAUAUCCAUCCAUCUUUUUAGGUCACAUUUCUAUUGUUACAAAUACAAUAUUUGUAACAAGAGGAAUCAAUUUUUUCAAGAAUUAAAAUAAAAAGUUUUCAGUGUAUUGAUACGCUAUAAUGAAAUCUGUGCAACGUUGCUAGGCCACUAUAACAACGAAAAAUCAAUCGUAUUUCCAUUAACGCAACGUUGCCAGUUGAGGGUGGGAAGGGGCUUGAACAACAAGGAGGGCGUGGCUUAAGAUGGACCACGACCCACAUUUGUGAUAUUUAUAUUAUCAAUAUGUGAUCAUGAUUAUAGUUUUUUUAGAUUUUGUUUUUUUUUUUGAUAAUUUGAGUUGGUAAGAGCGCUUUUGCGUUUUUCUUAAGAAAAAUCAAAAUCGCUUUUAUUAGCCAGUUAAAAUACAUUUGCGCAAGAUCGAAAAAAUACCUAGGAAGAAAGGGGAAAAAGAAGAGAAUAUUGUGUAGUUAUUAUUGAUUAUUAUUACUAUUGACUUUUUUUGAUGUUUUUAACCGUUAGACUGCUAGUGAGACGUUAUUAUUAUUGUAAAACAAAAUAAUUACACUAUAAUGCUAAAUGGAGAAAGUGUGAAAAUAAAUAUAGUUUUCGAAAUUUAUCA